AUGAAUACCUCCAUCGACGUCCUCUUGGGCUCAAUCCCCACUGCAGACCGUGCUGCCUUGGCCGGGCUCUCUGACGACGCCCGCGACAACACGCUCGCCCUCCUCUCCAUCUACAAUGCCGUCGCACCCAUCCACCGCGCCUUCCCCACCGAAGUCCUCUCCGAAAUCUUUUCACACUGCUGGCAAGACCCUAGAAGCAUCGCCGUUGCCCAUGUCUGCCGCCACUGGCGUUCAAUCGCCCUCAAGACUCCCCGCCUAUGGGCCGCCGCCCUCCCGCGCCUGGGAAGUUGCUCUCCCAACCCCGGAAAUGCAAAUCCAGCCGCCGCGAUUUACCACUUCCUCGAUCACUUCGCCAACACUCUCGCCCCGCACGCUGCCCGCCUCGUUGAUCUGUAUGUCCGCCUCGGCAAUGCACCAAGUUUCUUCUUCAAUGGAUCGACCCUCUCCGCUCUAUGCAAGUUCCUCACCUCAGGCGCGCCCAACCUCGAAGUCCUCGGCAUCACCUUUCCGGGCUACGUGGGGAUGUACGAAGAUUGGCUGCCGCUCCGCGAGGACAGAGACGACGACUUUGGCCGCACCGCCUCCGCCCGGGGCACUAUCCAAGAUGAGCUCGAGCAUGAUCUACGGGGGUGGAGCACAGACACACAAGCCCCUGUUCUCAACCCCGUAGCCCUCCCCCGCCUCCACACCCUCCGGUGCAUCCCCAUCGACCUCUUCCCGCACUUCACCACUCCCACACUCCGCGACGUGUGCGUCACCCCCGCGCAGUUCACCGACGACCACCUCGAAGACUUCGCUGAAGCGCUGACUCAGUGCCCCGCGCUUGAGCGCCUCAAGUUCUGGAUAGUCGGCGGGGACUUCUCGGAGGAUGAGGAGGAGGUGGAUGAUUAUGAUUCCGAAGGUGAGGCGGCCGACAGAGGUACGGUCGAGAGCUAUCUCCGCAGUUUCGAUUCGUCGAGAUGGAGCCGCGUCGAUCCCGUGACCGUGCCCGCUUUGCGACACCUCGUCCUCAACACCGGUAUCUAUCCCGCGUCCCACCUCUACCUCCGGUCCCUCUCCUGCCCCCUCCCCACCACCCUCGAAGUCACCACGAAAGACUUGAGGUUAUCGGAUCUAGUCAGUAGCCACGAGAAGCUUGGGGAAUGCAUCCAGAACGCGGACACGGCGCGCAUCUGCAACUCCGACCGCGGCGACACGUGGAUGUCCACCGAGCUCACCACCCUCAAGGACGGCGUCGCGCUCGCUCGAUUCGCGCUCUCGAUGUCGGAGUCGUACACGGGACCGGCCGCGCCGGACUGUGCCCCCGUGUUCCGCAAGCACGGCGCGCACAUCACGUCGCUCGCCGUCCGUCAGAACGAAGACAUGUAUUUCGACACUCGCGACGUCCUCCACGCUCUCCCCAACCUCACCUCGCUCGACGUCGCCGGCGAAUGCGUGCCGGGCGUCUUUCGGACGCUCCUUCGACGGGAGCCCGAGUACGGGACGCCCCAGGACAUCGACGGUCCGAACUGUCGGCGUCUGCGCACCCUCGCCGUCGCAUUCCCUCGGGCGCGCGGCUCGGUCCAGAAGGUCAUCGAAGCCAGCCCAACGGGGUGGGAGGAGGCGGUCGCGACGGGCGUCCGGGACGACUUGGCAGAGCUCGUCAAAAUGCUGAGCGGCCGCGCGUCGAGCGGGCUUCGUCUGGAGCGGCUGGAGUGGCGGACGUACGUGCCACCUCCGGCGCUGUACGACCAGGCGGAGCUCGAGACGUUGGUCGACGGGCCGGUCGUGUUCAGCGGAAUCACCUACCAGGCCAAUUUCCCGAAAGCCCCGAGGCUGCCGAAAUUUGAUGAUGAGGAUAUGGCCGCGUUACUGCACCAGUACCAAACGACUGGUGUACUUCCCCGUCUGGAUGGACUGUAG